UCCCUCCCAGCCCUUCACUCCCAAACUGGAAUGUUUACAGGAACUUCAUGAGCAGCAUCAGGACCGAGGGUUUGUCAGGGGUAAGAACAAGACAUGCUCUGAAGAAACUUUUGUCUCAGGCAGCACAGCGGAUGCCACAGGUGUAGCCGCUGGGCUCCGCAGAGUAAUGGCUGUUCAGACAGCAAUCAUGAACCCUCAGUUCAUGAAUUUCUGCUUCCCUGGCUCUGUGAUGGAGUACGACGUGGAGAAGAGUCUGGACGGGAGCCUCCUGGGUGAGGCGGAAACCGAAGAGGACUACAGAGAGACCACCAGCGACCUGCUGAGCUUCAUAGACUCGGCCUCCAGCAACAUCAAGCUGGCUCUGGACAAGCCGGUGAAAUCCAAGAGGAAGGUCAACCACCGGAAGUACCUGCAAAAGCAGAUCAAAAGGUGCACGGGCAUCAUAACGCCAGCAAACACGGCAGAGGCCCCGGUCAAGAGGCAGGGUUCCCCUGCGGCUCAGCCCUCGCAGAGCAAAACCCCACCCAAACGCGACGGGGUCCAGGCCAGCUUGCAGAGCAAGAGCUUGGCAGCCCUCUUCAGUCCUGUGAAGGACAUAAGGGGCGAAAGAACCAGGAAGCCCCCCCUGAGGCACCGCAAUCUACCCCCCUCUUUCUUCACCGAGCCGGCCAACUGCUCCAAAGUCAGCUCCACGUCCGGGAUGACGCUGAAGGACUUGGAGCGAGGCAACCCCGAGGCCGCCGAGUUCUUUGAGCUCCUGGGGCCCGACUACAGCAACAUGGUCAGCGAACAGGACCUUUAUCAAAGUGUCCGGGUACAGCCGGAGAUGGGAGGCCCGGAUCCCACUUCCUACGAGGCUCAGCAUUUGGUUGGCGGCCUCCUGUACUCGGAGCCCUGGACUAGCUACUCUGGACCCUGUAAGAAAGUAGGUGCGAGCCAGCCUCCCGUCUACUGUCCGUCUGAGGCCGCUUCUGUGUCCGUAGAGGACAACGCGCUGUGCACUUUGGCCUUCCCCAACUACUUCACGGACUGCUCCGCACCUCAGGCCACCUACGAUCUAAGCGGUGGUUAUAACAGAGCUAAUUAUUCAUCUCUAUGAGAAGGGGGACAUUUGUGGUGUUGAAAGUGCAGACAAAUGGAAGAUAAAAAUUGCUCAAUUUUAACACUAGUUUGAGAGAGUUGCUUAUUAUAUUUGUUUAUCUGUCACGCAAAUAAUUUCGUAACCGGAAUUUCUGCGAUUUGUGCCAAUCCCCCCUCAACAACAGCAACAACAACAACAACAACAAAAAAAUAUCCAAAGCUUUUCAAGUAACUGGAUGGCUUGUACCUCUUGUGUCACUCAACAUGUCAGUUUCAUCUACCGACUGUUCUGUUUAAUAUUAAAAUGCUUCUCAAGUGGAUGUUGUUUUCAUUACCUCAGGCAAUUUCUAGCAACAUUGGGAAGGAAAAAUACAGCUCUUUUCAUUAGGAUAUAUCUAAUCAGUCAAUUCAUUCUAACGUGUUUGUGUUUCCUAAAAAAGUCAAAAGCAGAAAUAGUUGUCAGCUUACUCCACUAAAAGUGCUGUUAGAAAAAAAAAACGUAUCACUGAAAUCACAUUCAACAAAACAUGUUGAAACAAUCUAUUCUACGGAGAAGGGAAAACACACUCUGCUCAAAUUAUUUUUACAACAAUGUGUGAUGCUGUGUUUGUAUUCCAACGUUUUACAGCCCUCACAGAGUGGCAGAGUGACCACUUGUAUCCAGUUUUUUGGAAGCGCCCUAAAUGUAUCGAGCCAUUGCAAGACGACAAAAUAAAGCUGGUCUUUAUUACUGUGAUGCAAGUGUUUGUGUGAAUUGCUUAUCAUGGAUGUAGUGAUUUCCCGACUACCAGAGGGUACAAAGGCGCCGCAUGGAAUAAAGUGUGUGUCUCUACAAGGUAUUCAUACAGUUUCGGGCAAAUUUGAGAAAAAUAUGACCAUAUGUAAAUAGAUACAGAUAAAUACAGGGGAGUCAGGUCAGCAAACUUUGCUCAGUGUUUUAAAUGUUUUUACCGAUGUGUGCUUGCUCUGAUUUUGUUCUUACUUGCUGGAUUUUAUUUGUUGUAUUUGGUGUUGCAUUUAUUUAUUAAAGCACUUUAUGAGCCUUUG